CCUUCGCCCGGCCGUACACCGUACCACCUGUUGGAUUCCCGUCCGGUGACUCUGAAGCUACCAGCCGGUAUUUCAGACUAAUCGGGCCUUGCUUGCCCUCCUAUCUUCUAUCCCACGAAGCCGAAAAUGGGGAAGCUUAAGGCGACCAAGAGGAAACCAGAAAUGCCCGAAAAGGGGCGAGAUGAGAGCAACAAACAGAAGAUGGCACAGAAAAUGGCGGAGGAGAGAGCACUAGAAAUAGAGAAAUUUGAGAUCGCCGCCGCGAGUUUCACCAAGCAGGUUAUCGCUGCCUUCGCCAUUGUACUCAUCUUGAUAUUCUUAGGCGCAAUAAUAUUCGCCCUGCUCUCCCGCGGCAACGGAGGUGUCCAUUCACCGACAGCGGAACAGAAGAUUGCCGCACAGAAAUGCGCCGGAAAAACAGGCGUUCCCGAAGCCGACAUGUUGGAAGAGGAGAUAGAAGAGCUGGAGAAAUCUGAGAAGACGACGGAAGGAGAAAAGGAAGAGGGGGAAAUGCCACCAGACGACACUGAGCCAAAAUCUGAGCCAAAAGAAAUGCCAACUGAGAAACCCACAAAGGCCACUCCAAGUCCAAAACUUGAGAAGAAAUCGCCUGAUUCUGAAGACCGCCUCCCAGAAAAGAUCAGAGAGUUCGAGCCGACCAUACUGGAUCGCUUGAAGGUUCGGAACGUCAGUGUGGACGGCAGACAGCUCAGAUACAGGGAGGUCAAACCGACUAAAGACGUGGACACUAAUGUCAGAGUGUACCUGUUUGACAACUUCCUGACGGCGCGUGAGUGUGAGGGACUGAUGGGCGCGCACACACGUCACGUACAGGAGGCAGCCAAGCACGAUCCAAUCAUCUGCUUCGACAGCAUCAAAACGUUAAGGAACCACCUGAAGGAUGCAGGGGUAAAGGUCAAGGUCAGCAGCCGGGACUUCACUGAAGGGACAAAGUGUUUGAAUGGCAGUUUCUCCAGCCAGCUGAAACAACAUUUCCACUGGAGCUACAGCACGUCCUUCUACCCAGGGGAGAGCAAGUUCAGCGCAACGUUUGAACGAAGGGUUGCUGCCGCAACAGGACUGAAAGUGGAAAAUGGAGGAAAAUUCCAGAUAACGUCCUAUGCUCAGGGGAUAGGUUAUAAGAGCCAUACUGACUGUGUGGUGGGGUCCAGAGACCAGAGAGACAGGUUUGCCACCAUACUGGUCUAUCUACAGGAUGUGCCUGAAGGAGGAGAGACCAAGUUCACAGAGCUGGGCAUUGCAGUGAAACCGACCAAAGGAAUGGCGAUAGUGUGGAACAACAUGACACCUGACGGGAACUGUGACCCCACCUCCCUCCAUGAUGCCUCCAAGGUCAAGAAAGGUCACAAGUUCAUCAUCCAAAGAUGGUAUUACUACAAGAGUUUCUACUCCCUGGGUAAGAGAUCGCCAGAACCCACGCUACCGGCACGCGAGACAGGUCAACCUCGAGUCAGCUGUGACGAGUACGAACACGGCAGUUGUCGCUGGUACGACGAGUGGAACUACGACCACAUUGUGGAGUAUGAGGCACAGAAGUUAAGCCUUGCUUGAUCACAGUUGUAAUUGGUCAUAUAUUGUUUAUUUAACCAGAGAACAUAUCGCCCUAUAGGGCGGUUUUCAAUGCACCCUGGGGAAAUGUUUAUUGUUUAUUUGUUGCUACUGUAGCCUAAGUUGAUGGAACUCUUACAUGUAUUUUGACGAAUUUAUAUCCUAGGGUUCAUUGUAGGUAACAAUGACAUGGGAACAAUGAAACAACGUACAAGAGAAUUACAAAAGUGGCUACAUUCUACGAGGUAAAUUAUGUCUGUGGGGAUUUGACUUCCUUCUUCUAUGUCGUGAAAGACAUAAUAUGUGGUUUUUGAGUAGUUAAAAGAAGUUUUUCUUUGUCUGUAAGCUUAGGAAAAUCAGAAUAUAUCUAAAUGUCAAAAGAAUAAUUUAAUCUGGAAAAUGUGAAGAAUAAAAUCAGAUUAUUUCUAUUUGUUGCAACUGUAGCUUUAAGUGUCAUUCAGGGUAAAGACAAAAUGUGAAGAUGAAAACUUUAAUUGAAAUGUCUGGUUAAAACUUGUCACGUUGUUGUAAUCUUGGUUAAA